AUACCUGGUAGAUCAGGCCAUGCAAAAUUUCCAGAAUAUACUUCUGUAUCACUAUCUGAUCAUGUAACCAAUAUCUGUUGAUUGCAUAAAACUGUGUUUUGUCCUCGGAUUGUUGGCCAUGCCGAGAUAUAAGGGCCAGCAAAGCCAGACACAACCACUGAAAACCUGAGGGAGGAAGCACGGAGCGAGCGGCCUGCCCAGGAUACGUGCCUUCGAUGGCACCGCCUCCUCACACCUUGGGCUGAUCUCCAGGGCGUCCCAGCUCAGAGCCUUGAGGACCUCGGAGGUGACUGGUCGCGCCCCUCCGUUUCCAGCGGUGAAGCCUGUGGACCACCAAGCGAGCCGCAGGCAGGUCUUUCCACACCGGCGUCUACACCUGCUGGGAGCCCACUGGACUUCGGGUCACACAGCCCACCCAGUACCACUCUUCCCACCGCCCACUGCGUGGUGUUGGGGUGGGAGGGUCUGGGACCUGCCGCCCCGCCUGUCCUGUAGCGGGUCGCCCCCGCAGGGCGCGCCCAGGCCAGCCCCCUGCCCCGUGGGCGCGCGCAGGACGCACCCUUCUGGGACACGCCUCAGGAUGCAAAAAACACCAUGCCUCCCAGGAAGGCCAGGUGACAAACGAGCGUCUCAGCUGGAGGAGUAUGGGCCGUGUCCCCGGAGAGCCGAGGACCCGGAGUUUGAAUUCCUGGGAUUGCCUUAGCUAGCAAGAACAUAGUUCCUGGUUGGUGACAGACAUAAUGUUUUACCGGUUGUUAUCAAUUGCCCGAAGACGAAGAACCAGCCCAGGAUGGCAGAACUGGUCCUUGGCGAGAAGCAACACAUCAACUGCUGAGGCACAUUCUAUCACCCUGCCUGCCCAGGCCCAGGUUGUCAUCUGUGGGGGUGGAAUCAUGGGCACAUCUGUGGCCUAUCACCUCUCCAAGAUGGGGUGGACAGAUAUUGUCCUUUUGGAGCAGGGCAGGUUGGCUGCUGGCUCCACCAGGUUCUGUGCUGGCAUCCUGAGCACUGCCAGGCAGUUGACCAUUGAACAGAAGAUGGCAGACUAUUCAAACAGACUCUACCAUCAGUUAGAGCAAGAAACAGGGAUUCAAACAGGUUACAUAAGGACAGGCUCAAUCUUUCUGGCUCAAACACAGGACCGGCUCAUUUCCUUGAAGCGCAUCAACUCAAGUUUGAAUGUUACAGGCAUCCCUUCAGAGAUCAUCUCCCCAAAGAAAGUGGCUGAACUUUACCCUCUCCUCAAUGUGCACGACCUGGUGGGGGCCAUGCAUGUUCCUGAGGAUGCUGUGGUGUCCUCUGCUGAUGUGGCUCUUGCCCUGGCAAGUGCUGCCUCCCAAAAUGGUGUUCAGAUUUAUGACCGGACAACUAUUCUUCAUAUAAUGGUCAAAAAAGGCCAAGUUACUGGUGUGGAAACAGAUAAAGGACAGAUUGAAUGCCAGUAUUUUGUCAACUGUGCUGGUCAGUGGGCAUACGAGCUGGGUCUGUCCAACGAGGAGCCGGUUAGUAUCCCGUUACAUGCCUGCGAACACUUCUACCUUCUGACUCGCCCCUUGGAGACCCCUCUGCAGAGCAACACACCAACUAUUGUUGAUGCUGAUGGAAGAAUUUAUAUUCGGAACUGGCAGGGUGGCAUCUUGUCUGGGGGCUUUGAAAAGAACCCAAAACCUAUUUUCACUGAGGGCAAGAACCAGCUGGAAAUUCAGAAUCUGCAGGAAGAUUGGGAUCAUUUUGAGCCCCUGUUGAGUUCCCUCCUGCGCAGAAUGCCAGAAUUGGAGACUCUGGAGAUCAUGAAGUUGGUGAACUGCCCUGAGACCUUCACACCAGACAUGAGGUGCAUCAUGGGCGAGUCUCCUGUAGUACAGGGCUACUUUGUCCUGGCAGGGAUGAACUCUGCUGGCCUGUCGUUUGGUGGAGGAGCUGGAAAGUAUCUUGCUGAAUGGAUGGUACAUGGUUAUCCCUCAGAAAACGUCUGGGACUUGGACUUGAAACGCUUUGGAGCACUCCAGAGCAGCCGUACCUUUCUGCGUCACCGGGUCAUGGAAGUCAUGCCUCUGAUAUACGAUCUGAAGGUUCCCCGUUGGGACUUCCAGACAGGUAGGCAGUUGCGCACAUCUCCUCUGUAUGACCGGCUAGAUGCACAAGGAGCCAGAUGGAUGGAGAAACAUGGAUUUGAGAGGCCAAAGUACUUUGUUCCACCUGACAAAGACCUCCUUGCAUUGGAGCAGAGCAAGACUUUCUAUAAGCCAGAUUGGUUUGACAUUGUGGAGGCUGAAGUCAAGUGCUGUAAGGAAGCUGUGUGUGUCAUCGACAUGUCCUCUUUCACAAAGUUUGAGAUAACAUCCACUGGGGAUCAGGCACUAGAAAUUCUACAAUACCUCUUUUCCAAUGAUCUGGAUGUGCCUGUGGGCCACAUUGUACAUACUGGCAUGCUCAACGAGGGCGGAGGAUAUGAAAAUGACUGUAGCAUCGCACGCCUUAGCAAACGCAGUUUCUUCAUGAUCUCUCCAACCGAUCAACAGGUCCACUGUUGGGCCUGGCUUAAGAAACACAUGCCGAAGGACAACAACCUGCUGCUGGAGGAUGUCACCUGGAAAUACACUGCCCUCAAUCUAAUUGGUCCUCGAGCUGUAGAUGUGCUGUCCGAGUUGUCCUAUGCCCCCAUGACUCCAGACCACUUCCCAACUCUCUUUUGCAAGGAGAUGAGUGUGGGCUACGCAAAUGGGAUCCGGGUGAUGAGCAUGACUCACACAGGAGAGCCAGGAUUCAUGCUUUAUAUCCCCAUAGAGUAUGCUCUGCACGUAUACAAUGAAGUGAUGAAUGUUGGACAGAAAUAUGGAAUCCGGAAUGCUGGGUAUUAUGCUCUUCGCAGUCUCCGAAUUGAGAAGUUCUUCGCCUUCUGGGGUCAGGAUUUGAAUACCCUCACCACGCCCCUGGAAUGUGGACGGGAAUCCUGGGUGAAAUUAGAGAAGGGCAUGGAUUUCAUUGGUCGGGAAGCUCUGCUGCAGCAGAAACAAAAUGGGGUGUAUAAACGCUUCACCAUGUUCAUUCUGGAUGACCAUGACACAGACCUGGACCUCUGGCCUUGGUGGGGAGAGCCUAUUUUCCGGAACGGGCAGUAUGUUGGCAAAACCACCAGCAGUGCCUAUAGCUAUACUUUGGAGCGCCAUGUGUGCCUCGGCUUUGUGCACAAUUUUUCAGAAGACAGCGUUGAAGAGGAGGUGGUAACCACUGAUUUCAUUAACCGGGGAGAAUAUGAAAUUGACAUUGCAGGCCACCGGUUCCAGGCUAAGGCUAAACUCUACCCUGUCACCUCCCUCUUUGCUCACAAGCGCCGAAAGGAUGAUGUGGAGCUGAGUGACUUACAGGGGAAGUAAUGGCAGGACAAUCUCACCUCUUGUCAUCUCAUUGUAAGGAACAUCAUCUCAGAAGCUUCUUCCUUUCCUCUCACCCUGUCCCUGCUUACUAAACCUUUGCGUCCCAUCUCUUACCUCCUUGAUAUAAUUUUAAACUUGACCUACUUUUAAACUUUUGCUUUGGAACCCCUCUUUUCGUCCUGGUUGCAGUCUUCCCUCCUGUUCAGAUUCCCAUGGUGGCAGGAAGUUUAUCGGACAGAGGCCAGGCUCCACUUGUGGAAUUGUAAGGUGAAAAAUUCUGUGUCUUAAAACAAGGCAAGCUGGUAUUUUACAGGCCUUAGGACAAGAGUCCAUCUCCCUUGGGCUAAGAUUUCUUGGAGUAACUUGUUUAUUUCGGUGGGGCACCUAUGUGUAUCUCAUAUGGCUCCUGGAAUAGCUUAUGCCUUUUAGGCAGAUCAUGCUGUCCCACUGCGCUAUGGGUUAGUACCCAAUACCUCUAGCAGGAAGAUGAUCAUCUACCUCACUGGUGAGAAGUAUUGCAUGGACAUCGUCUUGUUUGUAGUACAGACGAACAGUUAACCUUGCGCCAUCCUCAUCUUCCCUCCAGAAUGAAUUCUCAGAUCUUUGGGCCACGGCAGCCUAUUGUUUUCUUUAUCUCUUGUACUCUAUGGUGAGCUUGUUUUUUCUUUCUUAGCAAACAAAUAUGCCAGUGUUAGAGAAAAACCUUGUUGCCUUUUGUGUUGCUUUUCCCAACUGAAAGGGUCUGACUUCAGGAGGUAUACAAUCCUCUAAAAUAUUGCCUUUCUUUUAUUAAAGUGACUCCUAGCUCAGCCUCACCUCUGCCCUAUGCAAUCAGCUCACAAACUCAGCAUACACUGCUCUCCCUUUAGAGCAGGGAGGGAAAGUUUAGAUGGGUUGUCCCAGGUGAGUAACCAAACUUUGCUAUUCAUGCUGAGUGCCAGAGCGCUACUAGAACCCAAGCUGUAUAUCUCCCUGGUGUGGAACAGAGCUGACCACAUGGAUCCAUUGAGAGUUCUGAGUACAGUGGGUGUAGGUUACCUGGAGCAUUGUUUUCCAACUUUUCCUUCUACACAGCUGUCCAUCUCUGGCUUUUGGAAUGCAGAUGGCUAAGAGUACCCUGCACAUUUUCAAUCUGAUGAUAUCUCUAUUUUCUAAAGGUGGAACUUAGAUGUCAGACUAUAUAAUAUAGCCCCAAAAUGUCACUUCCCCUUUCAUGUGAACAAACUGCUAUUAGAAAUUUUAAUUCAGCUGUAGCCUCGCUGUCUUGACAUCUUGGAAGCAUGCAUUUUGUUAAUUCUAUAUUAAAGGAGAUCUUUUCAUUUCUUUAGAGCAACUUAAAAUUCUCAGGUGUCCACUUGCUCUGCUAUUUCUGUGGGAUCUGUUACCCACGCAGACCAGUUUGACAAUUCCUACUUGAUGACAGACUUCACUGUCCCAUCUUUUUUGGGUGGAAGGGGUCUUAAUUGAUUUACUAAGGCUGCAUAUGAUUAGAAUUGUUUGGGACCUUCCCUAUUUUAGAACAAAUGUGUAUUUAGCCAAGACAUGCUGCUUCGAGGAACAGGAGCAAGAAGUGUUUCUGUGCUGGAAAACUAAGCAGGGAAACAGCAGCUAUUGGACUUAGGAGAGCAGAAAGAGACCUUUAGCAAAGGAGCUGGCUGACCUACUUUCCACCCUCCUCUUUGUAAAUGAAAACUUACUUGGGAUUAAAUCAAAAAGAAAUUCUUGGUUUAUACACAGACAGUAUGUGAAGAUAAAUUUGCUCUUUAACUGUUACAUAUAGAAAGUGUUUGUUAACCAUGUAUGAUGUUCCAAAUUGGAAAAAAGCAAAUCCUUUAGUUUAAAAUUGGGGAAUGCUAUUCUGUCAUUCAAAUAGAAAUAUUAUCAGAAGUGUAUUCACUGUAGUCUUUAGGACUUGAUUUCUAGCUAAUUAUUAAAUUAAUUUGCUUCCUCCUUAAGUAGGAGGGAAUAUCUGAUGAUGUAUCCAAAACAGUCACUGCAUGAUUUAACUAGGGAAAUCCUUCCCUUUUGAGCCAACAGGCAGUACUAAUCUUGCUGGGAGGGGAUGAUGGAACAGGACAAGUACUUUGAAAAACCUCCUCCAUAAGUAGCAGCCAUACUCCUAGGACUCUGGUGAGGUGCUGAUCUUCUGAGCCUUCAAUGCCCACAUGGAAAAUUGUCUUUGUCACUUUAAGUACAUCCUCUCGGUUCAAACAUAGGUAUUAUAAAUCUAAAUUUUUAAAAAAUUUGGUCCUACUGUGAGUGCUCUGAACAGACUCUUCCCUAGCAUAACUACUUUGCCUCUGUGUCAUAAGCAUAAUAGAUGUUACAAGCAUUCUGGGCUCUUAAAUAGUCAGUAGAAGCAUUAGAUCUUGAGGCAUGGCUGUAGGAAACAGGCCCAACAACCAAAACAUCAUUUAGUAUAUCACCUUCUCCUUGGAUGGUGGUGCUAUAUAGAUUUGCCUGGAGUGACACCUCACCCUAGGAAGCCAGUUAGUUUGAGGAAUUGUAGACUUUAGCUUUAGGUGGUUGCAUACUUUUUUCUUUCUGUGGUGGUGGGGGGCUUUUAUCUUGUCAGCAAAUUAUUGUUGAAUCCAGGAACGAAAAGUAUGUUGCCCUCAAAAGAGAUCACCCAGUGUUGCAAGGUUUUUGAAUCCUUGUCCUUGAAAUAUCUUUAAGUACUUCCUCCGGCUCUUUCUGUUAGUAUUGUGUCCAUCCACAACAAUAUAUAUUUUUUAACAUGGUGCUGAGGAUCGAAACCAGUGCCUCACACAUGCUAGGCAAGAGUUCUACCACUGAGCUACAACCCCACCCCCUUCCCCUGGCUCCUUGUGCCAGAGGAAAUCCUGUUUCUUAGCACUGCCGCAGUCACACUUGAAGCUGCAUUGGAAAGAUUUCUCUGCCAUGACAUGGGCGCUGAAGUCAAAACUUUCUGAAAUAGAGGUGUUCUAAGAGCAAAAAGGGAUAAGAGCUAACUGUUUUGUCUACUUGAUAUCAUUUAAUUUUGUAUGACAGUCACAUAGCAACUUCUCAUGGGCAGAACAGGCUCCAAAAUGAACAAUUACCACUAUAUUUCUAGUAUUCUUCCAGGGGUCUCUCCACCCGCCCUAAUGUGGAAGAUUCACAUCAGGCCAUGAACACAGGGAUCAUUUAGCUCAUUGGUUAAACCUCAGCUUCAUUUCUGCAGCAGUGGAGCCCAGCCACUUCAGCUUGGCUCUCACCUGGAGGGGUGCCAUUCCUGGUUCUCUCUCCUGUACUCACCAAGAAUUUUACCUGCUUGCUUGCUUUUAAGCCUUUUGCUUCCAAGAAAGUAAAACAUGAAAAAUAAAGCUUGAGCUCUCACAGUAUACUCCAUGCUGUGCAUGCAUUUGAAAUGUUAGCCUCUUUCCUCAUGGUUGACAGUGGCAAUAUAGGAAUGAAUGGUAGGAGCUUCCUGAAAGUGUGCUUUGUUUCCUGAGAUGGCCCUGAUUUCUGGUUCUGUUUAUCCUCUGGCAUAUAAACAAAUUUGCUGACAUUUGAAUAUACCCUCAUCAUCCUUAAGAGAAUCUGAGACAGAAGGGAAUCUUUUACAGUGUUAGUACCAGGCCUGGGGGUCUAUCCUAGUAGAACAAUUGCAUCAGACUGCUUUCAGAAGUGAGUUACAAGGUUUAUUUCCAUAUCUACUACUUCUAGGCCAGGAUAGUUAACAGGGGUCCUUUAUGAUAUCUAAAAGCUCUGGUCACCAGGUUUCCUUCUGCAUUCCAUUCCCAACAUGCCUCUCACAAAUACUGAGUAGCAUUUUAUUAAGUUCAAAAUGAACAUCUUCACCUUUAUCAGCAGGCAUAUGAAUUAAGGAGAAGCAGGUGAAUAGAUGGAAAUGGUAGAUGAAGUAGUUUGCUCUUGGACUUCUAACCACACUAUGUGUACAUGCAGGAAGUGGUGAGCGAGUUCUGGGUCUGAUGGGCAGCACCACAUUCCAUCCACCACCUCUUUUUUUUGCCUCCACUUCAAGGUGCUGAGUUGUAAGGCCCCCGAUUCAUGUCAGAGUGGGACUUGCUAUUACAGUCCCUUAUAACUACCAAUGCACUGUUUUUCAUAAGAUCGAUUUUUGUCUUUGCCUUCUCAUUGUCCAUCAGACAUCAGAGUUGUUCCCUGUAUAAGAUUCUUGAUUUUCCUGAGCAUAGUGUCUGCAUCUCUUUAAGAAUUAUGCAUUUCUUCACAGGCUAUUUUUCCUCACAUUUAGGUGCACCUGUUUUUAAUCCUUUGCAAACAUCUUCUGCCUUCUUGUUUUCCUGUCCAUGAAGGACAGAAACUAUAAGAGGAGAAGAGAAUAUUUUUAGCAUCUGUUUCAGAUCUAUACCAGGAUUUCCUUUGCACACCAAGAACUGGAGUUUUGAGCUCCUCUUUCUCUGAGCCCAGUUCUAGUGCCUUACACUCCAGAAUGUCAAGUGGCAGAUGAAGGUAAGGAAGAAUGGGAGAAGGAAGGUUCAUUUCAGUCUGUGGGUUUCCAUCACCCCCCCGUCUCUCAUUCCUCAGAAAGAAAUGGGCGUGAUGUAGGUAGUUCUACAGCUCAUUUCUGCAAAGAAUUUUCUAGCCAUGUAGUUCACAAUUACUCUGGUCAACUCUUGGGAUGUCUAACACCACUGUUAAGUGUGCAGUUCAGAUCAGCCCUCUCUGUUCCUAUGAAGAGUUAGCACAUCAUCCUGAAGACACUCUAGGUGCUUGAGUAAAGGGCUCUUUUCUCAAGAGCCCAGGUGACUUUGGGUACAUAGGGUGACGAGCAUUUCUGCCCUCCAUGAAUGUGGCAUAAAUAAUGUGCUCUUUGUAACCAGCUGGAUUUCAACCGAUUUUCUUUUCAUGGUACUAGGUAUGUAAAUGAAUAAAGACAUUUUAAUUUCU